GCGAACAAAAAAUUUCUGUCAGUGCGAAAAGUUGAAGAGGAGGCUUUACAGGGAGUAAAGCCAGUGAUUAAAGCAGUCAGACAGGUGAAAAUCGUCCAACGGGGCGACAGUCCUUCUCGCUGGUGCGUGCAGUGUUCGUGAAACAGUGAAUCCUCCGGAUUGUGAGGCGCUCGGUGAGCCUUGCGAGGCCGUGCCCGAAAUUGCCAAUGUGUUGCAAGUGAGAAGCCUCCGUGACUGCAUCCGCCUCUCGGGAAGCCCGAAUUAUGCAGAGACGACUCGAGGGCACUUCCGUUAAUCUCUGUGCAUCCUCCAGUGCGACCAAGAGUUAGCAAAUUGACCAAGAAGGUGAAUCCUCAUCAAUGAGAGAGACCAGUCGACAAUGAUCACCCGGCGAAAUUGGUUGCUGCGCUGCAGUAUUCUCAUCAACAUUGCCGUCUUGCUGUACAUUUGCAGCCAGUUGAUGAUCGACAGUGGCAAUGUUCCAAUUGCACCCGCGUAUAUUGUGCACGUGAAUCCGGAGAAGCAGAGUGUUCGAGCUGAAUCUUCAAGUGCGAAUAGACUUUUUAAUCAAGUUGAGAAUGACUUGAGGGAGAAACCCAAGAGUGAUGACGUUCCGCAGCAACAAGUCGAUGAGGAGCAACAGCAGCUGCAGCAGAUGAAAGAUAUUGUGGACAAUAAUGGGGAAGACAGUCGAUUUGAGGUGCCGACGGAAGCGAACAGUCAUGGGAGCAAACUCCUCAAUGAGAUUGUCUAUCAGGACCUCAAUUUAGUUAGUACAAAUUCAACAUAUUCAGAGGGUCUGCUGAACGAUAAAGAGUUGGAGAGUCGAUUGAGAUCACUGAUCAAAUGCCACGACGGAGAUUAUGAGCCGAAGACGGAGCAGAGAGGCGACUUUUGGGUGCUCAAGAACUACGUUCGGGCCGAUCACGGUGAGAUCCAUUGCUACGAGAGCAUCACGUACACCACACAUGCCGACUACACAUUUCUGGACAAUUUGGUGCCACUGCUGGAGAGAUGGAUGGCCCCAAUUAGCAUUGCUCUCCAUGCGCCAGGUUUCGAUUUCGCUGCCACCAUCAAUGCCAUCAAGUUCUUGAGGGAUUGUCCAUCUGAGGCGCAUCUCGUGAGACAAUUUGUCACUUUCCACAUUUACUUCAGCAGCAAACAUAUUCCAAAGAGCGUGCCGAAGUACGACAAGGUGCUGGAGACGCCAUACAACUGCUCCAAUCCACCGCCCUUUGCAAACAUAUCGUAUAGUCAGCUGUACAAGACGCAGAAGAAGCUCCUCUAUCCUGUGAAUGUGGGUCGCAAUAUCGCUCGUGAUGCUGCGCUCACCCACUAUUUCUUCGCCAGCGACAUCGAAUUGUACCCCAAUCCGGGUCUGGUGAGGAAAUUCCUCGAGAUGGUGGCGCGCAAUGACGCCAAUAUCCAGCGACAGAAGCCCAAGGUCUAUCCGCUGGCCAUCUUCGAGGUGGACAGUUCGGUGGCUGUGCCGCGCGACAAGACAGAGCUGCAGGAGCAGUUCCGCAAGGGGAAGAUCAUUCCGUUCCACAAGAAGCUCUGCCCGAGCUGUCAUGGUCUUCCGAAAUCGAAGGAGUGGAUGGCAGCCAAUGAGACGGACGAGCUGGGUGUGUUUCACAUUGGGAAGCGCGUCGGAUACUAUCUUCACUGGGAGCCCAUCUACAUUGGGACCCACGAUGAUCCUCACUACGACGAGAGAUUGAGCUGGGAGGGAAAAAGUGAUAAAAUGACACAGGGAUAUGCACUUUGCGCUUUGGACUACGAGUUUCACAUUUUGGAUAAUGCCUUCUUGGUGCACAAGCCCGGCAUUAAAGUACUGAAGAGGGACCCGAAGCGCGCGAUGCUGGCCAACAAGACAAAUCAACUCAUUCGCAAGAUCAUCUAUCCGGAAUUGCAGGUGAUGUACGGCGUGAGAAAGGGUUGUGCUAUAUAGUAGUUGGACGUUCCACCUUCCACGCCGCAGCGCCGCAGAACGCUGGGCCUGGGAGUGCUCACAGCUGAGGAGAUGGCCUUUCUUUCGCCCAGAAAGAAGGGACGCUCGAUGGUGACAGUGUGAAAGGACUAAAGAUACUGCAUUUAGUGGAGGAGUGGAAAGAUGAUGUUCUUGAGUUUCUCUAACGUAUCCUCUUGUACAUACUAAGAUAAGCCUAUGAUGUAUGCUUUUAUCCUACUCCUACAUAUUUAUAAAAUCCAUAUUACUAUAUAUUUUAUACAAUUUGAUGAGAAAGACAUUGUGUGUAGGGAUUAAGUGAAGAUAUUAUUUAGGCACAAAAAAAAGCAGAAGAAGAGUAAAGAGAAACAUACAAAAAAACGUAACAAGGAAUAGAAAACAACAAAUAUUUACAAGGGAAAAAAAACCAUGAGGAAACUAAAAGUAACAUAAAAUCAACCCUAAUUCUAGAUGAAACGAUUUUGCUGUGAAAUAAUUCCCCUAUAAAAUAUGAAAUAGAGAUAAAGUAACCAGAAAUGAUAGCGCGAGACUACAAGUAAAAAAAAAAUAGUCCAUUUAUUACCAAAAGAUUCGAGAGAUAACUCUUUUUGUUGUUAUUGGGAAAGAUGAAUGAACAAAAUCAAUAGGAUUUGUUAUAGUUUGAGCCUUGUUUGACGCUCUUCCAGAUACAAUUUUCCGUAGUUGAUGUAAAAGAUGUUGUGAAAGUGAGAAAAUUGUUGGCUUCUUUAUACCAUUUUUGUAUUCCACGCAUUCUUCACCACCGUGUCAUUUAAUCAAUAUAGUCCUAAAGUGUGUAGAUUUUAAUUUAGUAUCGCUUUUACUCUUGCGUUACUUAGUUGAAUUACUUUUUUUUAGUUUACGGUGCAGCAUAGAGAACAUCUCUUGCAAAUUUGAAAUCUCUCAUUGCAUAUUUUUUCUUGCUCUUGUGAUAAAAGAAAAAAAAUACUCAAAAUGCGAUCAAAUUUUUUUAGGACCUUUCAGAAUCUCAGAAAUUCUCUAUCGCUGUAUCGAAAGUAUUAAGAAAAAUAUCCCGUCUUUGGUGAAUUUCAACAUCUCAGAAAAGCAAAUAAAUCUUCAAAACCAUAGUUUAAUAGGUAGUCUUCGUAUCUCUAUAAGUCAUAGUAUUACUAGUGUCGUUAGCUAUUUUUUUUCCUCAGAAGCUAUUUUAGUCUUCUUUUGUUGCAUUGAGCAAAAAACACGUUUUCUGAAUAUUUUCCAGCACGCACAGAUGCUAUUAAAUAAUCUUGUUUAUAUACAAGCAUUUUCCAUAACUCUGAAGUGACUUUUCCGUCUGAUUGCAUGAAAAUCAAUCUCCUUUCGAAAAUUUCAUUCACAGAAAUAAUUAACUUUUCUUGUUUCACACUUCCGAAAUUGCGAAAGGGAACAGUCAAAAGAUGAUAAAUAAUGUCAGAAAGAGGAGAAAUCAAAUGUGAGAUAUGAAGAAAUGAGAGAAGAAGGAAAACAUAUUGAUGAGAAAUUGCGUAUAAAAGUGCCUUAGAAUAUGAAAAAAAAAAUUGAUUUAAUAAUGAAUAUGUCACAAUUUUGUAAUAUUCAUAAACGUAAGUGAGGAAAAACCCUUUUAUUGCUACCAAAACAUUUUUGAAAAAAAGAAAAGAGUAAUGAGAAAAUGUUUUGAACCAAGUUGCGAUUUAGUUGAAUCGAAAAAUCACGUGAAAUGUGAAUGUGUUUCAUCUCCCACGAGAGUUAUAUUGAUGAAUUCUAUAAGAACAAUAAAUGUGUAACAUUUAUGAUGGCAAAAACUGUAGAAGGAACAAUAUAAGUGCGAUAAAUCUUC